CCGCAGCGGCGGGCCACCGAGGGCGACUCCCCGCCCAACGCCAACAUUCGCUACCGCUUCGUCAAUGAGCGUGCCGCCCAUGCCGUCUUUGAGAUCGACCCCCGCUCCGGCCUGAUCACCACCAGCGGGCCGGUGGACAGGGAGAAGAUGGAGAGGUACUCCUUGGUGGUGGAGGCUAACGACCAGGGGAGGGAGCCGGGGCCCCGCUCCGCCACAGUCAAGGUUUACAUCACAGUCCUUGAUGAGAAUGACAACACCCCUCAGUUUAGUGAGAAGCGCUACAUCGUCCAGGUGAGGGAGGACAUACGGCCCCACACAGAGAUCCUGCGCGUCACCGCCACAGAUCUUGACAAGGACAACAACGCGCUGGUCCACUACAACAUCAUCAGUGGGAACAGCCGGGGCCAGUUCUCCAUCGACAGCGUCACUGGGGAGAUACAGGUGGUGGCCCCGCUGGAUUUUGAGGUGGAGCGGGAGUACGCCCUGAGGAUCCGGGCUCAGGAUGCGGGACGCCCUCCCCUCUCUAACAACACCGGCAUGGCCAGCAUCCAGGUGGUGGACAUCAACGACCAUGCCCCCAUCUUUGUCAGCACCCCUUUCCAAAUCUCUGUCCUGGAGAACGCUCCCCUCGGCCACUCUGUCAUCCACAUCCAGGCCGUGGAUGCAGACUAUGGCGAGAAUUCGCGCCUGGAGUACAAACUGACAGGGGUCUCGGCUGACACACCCUUCGUGGUGAACAGUGCCACGGGGUGGAUCACAGUCAGUGGGCCCUUGGACCGGGAGUCGGUCGAGCACUAUUUUUUUGGGGUAGAGGCUCGGGACCAUGGCUCUCCAUCUUUAUCCGCCUCCGCCAGCGUCACCAUUACUGUCAUGGAUGUCAAUGACAACCGUCCCGAGUUUACCCAGAAGGAGUACUUCAUCCGCCUGAAUGAGGACGCAGCCGUGGGUACCAGCGUCCUCAGCGUCACGGCAAUUGACCGGGAUGUGAACAGUGCCAUCACCUACCAGAUCACGGGAGGCAACACGCGGAACCGCUUUUCCAUCAGCACGCAAGGUGGGAUGGGGCUCAUCACUCUGUCUCUGCCACUGGACUACAAGCAGGAGAGGCGCUACGUGCUUACCGUGACAGCCUCCGACCGCACCCUGCGUGACAACUGCCACGUUCACAUCAACAUCACUGAUGCCAACACGCACCGGCCAGUGUUCCAGAGCGCCCACUACUCCGUGAGCAUCAACGAGGACCGGCCUGUGGGCAGCACCGUGGUGGUGAUCAGCGCCACAGAUGAUGACGUGGGAGAAAAUGCACGCAUCACGUACUACCUAGAAGACAAUGUCCCUCAGUUUCGCAUUGAUCCAGACUCCGGGGCCAUCACUCUCCAGGCAGAACUGGACUAUGAGGACCAGGUCACCUACACGUUGGCUAUCACUGCUAAGGACAACGGGAUCCCCCAGAAAGCAGACACCACCUAUGUUGAAAUCAUGGUGAAUGACGUUAAUGACAAUGCCCCACAGUUUGUCAGCCCUCAUUACCAGGGCAUGAUCUCUGAGGAUGCACCUCCCUUCACCAGCGUGCUUCAGAUCUCUGCCACUGACCGGGAUGCCCACACCAAUGGGCGAGUGCAGUACACCUUCCAGAACGGGGAGGAUGGGGAUGGAGACUUCACCAUAGAGCCCACCUCGGGGAUCAUUCGCACUGUCCGCAGGCUGGACCGUGAGAAUGUUCCUGUCUAUGAGCUGACUGCAUAUGCUGUGGACAGGGGCAUCCCUCCUCAGCGAACUCCUGUCCAUAUCCAGGUUACCAUUCAGGAUGUGAACGACAAUGCCCCUGUCUUUCCCGCUGAAGAGUUUGAGGUUCUGGUGAAGGAGAACAGCAUCGUAGGCUCUGUUGUGGCCCAAAUCACAGCCGUUGACCCAGAUGAGGGACCCAAUGCCCAGAUCAUGUACCAAAUUGUGGAAGGCAACAUCCCCGAGAUAUUCCAGAUGGACAUCUUUUCUGGGGAGCUCACAGCCUUGAUAGACCUGGAUUAUGAGACAAAACCUGAGUAUGUGAUUGUAGUGCAGGCCACCUCUGCCCCUCUGGUCAGCAGAGCCACGGUCCACAUCAAACUCAUUGACCAGAAUGACAACAGCCCUGUUCUCAAGAACUUCCAGAUCCUGUUCAAUAACUACGUGUCCAAUAAGUCCAACACCUUCCCCUCGGGGGUCAUAGGGAAGGUCCCAGCUUACGACCCAGAUGUGUCCGACCGCCUCUUCUACACCUUUGAGCGAGGAAAUGAACUGCACUUGUUGAUUGUGAAUCAAUCGAGUGGGGAGCUGAGGCUGAGCCGUAAGCUGGACAACAACCGUCCGCUUGUGGCCUCCAUGCUGGUGACCGUCACAGAUGGGAUCCACAGCGUGACAGCCCAGUGUGUCCUGCGGGUGAUCAUCAUCACAGAGGACAUGUUGGCUAACAGCAUCACGGUGCGGCUGGAGAACAUGUGGCAAGAGCGCUUCCUUUCCCCGCUGCUGUCCACCUUCCUGGAAGGGGUGGCCACUGUGCUUGCAACACCCAAGGAGGACAUCUUCAUUUUCAACAUCCAGAAUGACACGGAUGUGGGCGGCACGGUGCUCAACGUCAGCUUCUCAGCCCUGGCACCGCGGGGCGGGCGCUACUUCAGCUCGGAGGAGCUGCAGGAGCAGCUGUACAUGAAGCGCAUGGCGCUGACGGGUGCCUCCAUGUUGGAGGUGCUGCCCUUCGAUGACAACGUUUGCCUGCGGGAGCCUUGCCAGAACUACAUGAAGUGCAUCUCUGUCCUUAAGUUUGACAGCUCAUCCCCCUUCAUCGCCUCCCCCUCCACCCUCUUUCGGCCUAUCCACCCCAUCACCGGCCUGCGGUGCCGCUGCCCGCAGGGCUUCACCGGGGACUACUGCGAAACGGAGAUCAACCUCUGCUACUCCAACCCCUGUCUGAAUGGCGGGAUCUGCACCCGCAAGGAGGGGGGGUACACAUGUGUCUGCCGCCAGCACUUCAGCGGUGAGUGCCCGGAGCUGGGGGCUGCAGGGGGACGCUGUGUGCCCGGUGUGUGCCGCAAUGGCGGCACCUGCACCAACGGCGCUGACGGGGGCUUUCGCUGCCAGUGCCCGGCAGGUGGCUUCGAGAUGCCCUUCUGCGAGGUGUCCACGCGCUCCUUCCCACCACGAUCCUUCGUCAUGUUCCGGGGCCUGCGCCAGCGCUUCCACCUCACCCUCGCCCUCUCGUUCAGCACCGUAGAGCCCAGUGGCCUCCUGCUCUACAACGGGCGCCUGAACGAGAGGCAUGACUUCCUGGCGGUGGAGAUCAUCCAGGGGCAGAUCCAGCUGAAAUAUUCCACAGGAGAGUCCAGUACAGUGGUGAGUCCCUACCUGCCGGGGGGUGUGAGUGAUGGGCAGUGGCACACGCUGCAGCUCCACUACUACAACAAGCCCAAGGUCAGCGCCCUGGGAGUGGUGCAGGGCCCGUCCAAGGACAAGGUGGCCAUCUUGACAGUGGACGAAUGUGACGCCUCGGUGGCCCUGCAGUUUGGCAACGAAAUCGGGAACUACUCCUGUGCUGCAGAGGGUGUACAGACCAGCUCGAAGAAGUCCCUGGACCUCACAGGUCCCUUGCUCCUCGGAGGGGUCCCCAACCUGCCGGAAAACUUCCCCGUCACUCACCGGGACUUUGUGGGAUGCAUGAGAGACCUGUACAUUGACAGCAAACGCAUUGACCUGGCCUCUUACAUUGCCAACAACGGAACCACUGCAGGCUGCCAUGCCAAGCACACGUUCUGUGACUCCAGCCCCUGCAAGAACGGUGGGACCUGCUCUGUCAGCUGGGGGACCUACUCCUGCCUCUGUCCUGUUGGCUUCGGGGGCAAAGACUGCCGCCACCCCAUGCACCACGCCCACUAUUUCCAGGGCAACAGUGUCCUGACCUGGGACUUCAAGACGGAUGUAAAGAUCUCGGUGCCGUGGUACCUGGGCUUGGCAUUUCGGACACGCCAGCCAGAUGGGGUGCUUCUGCAGGCGCAUGCUGGCCAGUAUACCACCCUGCUCUGCCAGCUGGCUGGGGGCCUGCUGUCCUUCAUGGUGAGCAGGGGGUCCGGCCGCAGCACCAGCCUCCUCCUGGACCAGCUGCGGCUCAGCGAUGGGAGGUGGCACGACCUCCAGCUGGAGCUGCGGGAUGUCCGCAGUGGGCGAGACUCACGCUAUGUCAUCACCCUCACUGUGGACUUCGGGCUCUACCAAGAUACGGUCGUUGUUGGAAAUGAACUGCAUGGCCUGAAGGUGAAACACCUGCACGUGGGGGGAGUCCUGGGAUCUGGCGAGGUGCAGAAUGGGCUGAGGGGCUGCAUACAGGGUGUGCGACUGGGUGACAGCAUCACCGGGACUGCGCUGCCCAAGCCCAGCCAUGCCCUGCGGGUGGAGGCUGGCUGUAGCGUGCCAAGCCCCUGCGACUCCAACCCCUGCCCGGUCAACAGCAUCUGCAAGGAUGAGUGGCAGAGCUACUCCUGUGUCUGCCAGCCAGGGUACUAUGGCGGGGACUGCGUGGAUGUGUGUCACCUCAACCCCUGCAAGAACAAGUCGGUCUGUCGUCGCAAGCCAGGCUCACCCCUGGGCUACGUGUGCGAGUGCGGAGGGAACUUUUUCGGGCAGUACUGUGAGCACAGGAUGGACCAGCAGUGUCCAAAGGGCUGGUGGGGGAGCCCCACCUGCGGGCCCUGUAACUGUGAUGUGAACAAGGGCUUUGACCCCGACUGCAAUAAAACCAAUGGGCAGUGCCACUGCAAGGACUUCCACUACCACCCCAAAGGCAGCGACACCUGCCUGCCUUGCGACUGCUACCCCGUGGGCUCCACUUCACGCUCCUGCGACAAGGAGACAGGCCGGUGCCACUGCCGGCCCGGGGUCAUCGGGCGCCAGUGCAAUAGCUGCGACAGCCCUUUUGCCGAGGUGACACCCAGCGGUUGCGAGGUGCUCUAUGACGGCUGCCCCAAAAGCCUGAAGGCGGGUGUAUGGUGGCCCCAGACCAAGUUUGGCUUCUCUGCUGCAGUGCUGUGUCCCAAAGGCUCCUUGGGCUUGAGGGGUGCAGGUGCAGCCAUCAGACACUGUGAUGAGGAGAAGGGCUGGCUGGAGCCAGAUCUCUUCAACUGCACUUCACCUGCCUUCAAGGAACUCUCUAUGCUGCUGGAGGGCUUGGAGAGGAACGAGACUGAACUCAACACAAUUGAAGCCAAGAAGCUGGCCCACCGUCUCCGGGCUGUAACAGACCACAUGGACCACUACUUUGGCAAUGAUGUGCACAUCACUUUCCGCCUGCUGUCCCGCCUCAUGGCUUUUGAGAGCCGUCAGCGUGGCUUUGGCCUGACAGCCACGCAGGAUGCCCACUUCAAUGAGAACCUGCUGCGUGCAGGCAGCUCUGUGCUGGCGCCCGAGAACCGGGAGCACUGGGCCAUGCUGCCACACAGUGAGCACAGCAGUGCCAGCCUGAUGGAGCAGCUGCGGGACUACUCGGGCACGCUGGCCAGCAACAUGAAACUCACCUACCUCAACCCCGUCGGUGUCGUCACUCCCAACAUCAUGCUGAGCAUCGAUCGCAUGGAGAACCACUCCCAUAUCCGCCGGCGCUACCCUCGCUACCACAGCAGCCUCUUCCGGGGCCAGCCUGCCUGGGACCCCCACACCCAUGUUGUGCUGCCACUGUCGGUGCUGAGCCCCCCAAAAGCUGAAGCUGCCCCCACGGCAGUGCCCACACUGGCUGGGGGCGAAGGGAACUACACUGUGGAGAACUCCUCCCCGAGACAGGCGCUGCCAGAGCCCGAGCCCGCUCUCACUGUGAUCAUCCUCAUCAUGUACCGCACCCUGGGGGGGCUGCUGCCUGCACGCUACCAGGUGGAUCGCCGCAGCGUCAGGCUCCCCAAGAAUCCUGUGAUGAACUCCCCCAUCGUGAGCGUGUCUGUGUUCAGCAAUCACACCUUCCUGCGGGGGCCCCUGGACACCCCUCUCGUGCUCGAAUUUUGCCUGCUGGAGACAGCCAACAGGAGCAAACCUCUCUGCGUCCAGUGGAACCACUCCAACCUGACCAACCCCUCCGGCUUCUGGACAGCCAGGGACUGCGAGCUUGUGUACCGAAACACCACACAUGUCCACUGCCAGUGCUCCCAGUUUGGCACCUUUGGGGUUCUGAUGGACAGCUCGCACCGAGAGCAACUGGAAGGUGACCUGGAGACAUUGGCAAUUGUCACCUAUUCCUUGGUGUCUCUCUCCUUGGUGGCUCUGCUGCUGACCUUCUCCUUCCUGACCUGCCUCAAAGGCCUCAAGUCCAACACGCGUAGCAUCCACUCCAACAUAUCAGUCACCCUCUUCUUCUCUGAGCUGCUCUUCCUCCUGGGCAUCAACCGCACCGAGAACCAGUUUCUUUGCACUGUGAUUGCCAUCCUCCUCCACUGCUUCUUCCUCUCCACCUUCGCCUGGCUCUUCAUCCAGGGCCUCCACAUCUACCGCAUGCAGACCGAAGCCCGCAAUGUCAACUUCGGGGCCAUGCGUUUUUACUACGCCAUCGGCUGGGGGGUGCCUGCCAUCAUCACUGGGCUGGCCGUUGGCCUGGAUCCUGAGGGCUACGGGAACCCUGACUUCUGCUGGAUUUCCAUUCAUGAUAAGCUGGUCUGGAGCUUUGCAGGCCCCAUUACUGUCGUCAUUGUGAUGAAUGGGGUCAUGUUCCUGCUUGUGGCCAAGAUGUCCUGUUCCCCAGGCCAAAAGGAGACCAAGAAGAAAUCAGUUCUCAUGACGUUACGGAGCUCCUUUGUUCUGCUUCUAGUUAUUAGCACUACCUGGCUCUUUGGCCUCUUGGCUGUCAACAACAGUGUCCUGGCUUUCCACUACCUCUACACUGUCCUCUGCAGCCUCCAGGGCCUGGCUGUGCUGGUCCUGUUCUGCGUGCUGAACGAGGAGGUGCGGGAGGCCUGGAAGCUGGCCUGCCUCGGCAAGAAGGGGCAGAGUGAGGAGGCCACGAGGAGCACGCAGGGCCCCAACGCCUACAACAACACAGCACUGUUUGAGGAGAGCGGGCUCAUCCGCAUCACCCUGGGGGCCUCCACCAUCUCCUCGGUGAGCAGCGUGCGCUCUGCCCGCACCCACUCCAGCCAGCGGGCUUACCUCAGAGACAACGUGACAGCGCGUCAGGGCUCAGCCCUGGAUCACAGCCUGCUGGCUCAUGCUGGCCCCACGGACAUUGACGUGGCCAUGUUCCACCGUGAUGCUGGGGGAGACCAGGACUCUGACUCAGACAGUGACCUGUCUCUGGACGAAGAGCGCAGCCUCUCCAUCCCGUCCUCAGAGAGCGAGGAGAAUGUGCGCCUGCGGGGCCGCUUCCAGCGCCAGUUCAAGCGGGCAGCACACAGUGAACGCCUCCUCACUAACCCCGCCAACACCACUCCCAAAGAUGUGGAUGGCAAUGACCUCAUGUCAUACUGGCCAGCUCUGGGCGAGUGUGAGGUUCACCCCUGCUCCCUGCAGAAGUGGGGCUCUGAGCGGAAGCUGGGAUUUGACAUCAACAAGGAUGCGGCCAACAAUAAUCAGCCUGACCUGGCCUUGACCAGUGGGGAUGAGAACUCACUCACCCAGACCCAACGGCAAAGAAAAGGGAUUUUGAAGAAUCGCCUCCAGUACCCUCCGACUCUCCAGGGCUUGCCAUCCGUUGGCAGGAUGACCAAUGAGCUGACAUGGUACAAGACCUCUACACUGGGUCACAGGGGGUACUCGUCACGGGAGCAGCUUGACAUGCUGAUGAGGAGACAGAUGUCCCGAGAGCAGCUGAGCAGACACAACUCCGGAGAGUGCUUGGAAACCGUGCCCAGCCGGCACGGGUCCAGGGAGGAGCUGGACACUAUCCCCAGCAGGCAUGGGUCUACUGAACACCUGGAAAGUAUCCCGAGCAGACAUGGAUCUAGGGAAAACUUGGAUCUACUGGCUCCUAGGCUCAGUCAGAGAGAUCAUGGGAACACAUUGCCCCGGAGGCAGGGCUCCAGAGACCACCUUGACACUUUACCCUGCAGAUUUGGGUCAAGAGAGCAGCUAGACUGUGGGCUAGUAAGAGAGGUCUCUAGGGAGUGGCUAAAUACAUUGCCAAGUAGGCAAGUGUCCAGAGACCGAAUAGACACGUUGCCAAGUCGAGAUACUUCUCGAGAACAAUUGGAUUUGCUUUCUAGAAGACAGCCUUCAAGGGACCAGCUAGCAUCAGCUAGACAAACUUCGAGGGAGCAGCUGGACUUUCUCUCCAGAAGAUCUAAUUCCAGAGAGCCUCUGGACACGGUGCCUAGCAGGCAUCCCUCGCAGGACAACCUGGGGAGUCUCUCUAGGAGGCAGCUGUCUAGGGAAAGCCUAGAGCCGCUGUCAAGGAGACAGCCUUCUAGAGAGAACCUGGAGGCCGUUCCCAGCCGACAUGCUUCCACUGAACAGUUAGAUAUCCUUUCUUCCAUCCUUGCUUCUUUUAACUCCUCCGUCCUGUCCUCGGUGCAAUCUUCCAGCACACCUUCAGGCCCCCAGACCACUGCCACCCCCUCUGCUGCGCAGACCUCCUCGACGCCCUCUGCCAUGUGCCCCUCGACGCCUCGCUCCGCCACCUCCCACAGCAUUUCGGAGCUGUCACCAGACUCAGAAAUAACAAGAAACGAGGGCCAUUCCUGAGGGGCUGAAGCUCUCCACAAGAGAGACAGAAGAAGCAGGGCCCUUCGCCUCGCCAAGUGCU